GUUAAAGAGGUAUCUAGAACAUAUAGAGAGUAUGAUGACAAAUCAAAAUAGGCGUGAAGCGGAGGACGCACCGGCGAAGCAGGAGGAUGAUCAUAUAGAGCCUGAGGCAGUGUCUAGGGGGACAGAGAAGCUAAGAUCAAGUAAGGUUGAGAUUGAAGUUGACAUAAAGAAACAGAAUUCAGUUGCUGCUGCUGAAGAGAGUGAACAAGGGCACUUUUUGCGUUCCCCGAUUUGCUGCAUUAUGGGGCAUGUUGAUGCUGGAAAGACCAAGUUGUUGGAUUGUAUCCGCGGCACAAAUGUUCAGAAAGGUGAGGCUGGAGGUAUUACGCAGCAGAUUGGUGCCACUUAUCUUCCUGCUGAGAACAUAGAAGAGAGAAUCAAGGAGCUGAAGAGUGAUAAGCACAUGAAGGUUCCAGGUUUGUUGCUCAUUGACACCCCAGGGCAUGAGCCAUUUACUAAAUUAAGGUCACGGGGUUCUAGUUUGUGUGAUAUUGCUGUUUUGGUUGUUGACAUUAUGGAUGGCUUAAAGCCUCAGACUAUUGAGUCACUCAAUCUUUUGAAAUCAAGGAAUACAGAGUUCAUUGUUGCAUUGAAUAAGGUGGACAGGCUCAGUGGAUGGAAGGCUUGUCCAAAUGCACCAAUUGUUGACGCAAUGAAGCAGCAACCUAAGGAUGUGAAAAAUCAGUUCAAUGACAGAGUCGUGCAGAUUGUCACUCAGUUUAAGGAGCAGGGAAUUAAUACGAAAGUGAAUUUCGAUGAGAACAAAAGAAUGAGGGACACAUACAGCAUUGUACCUAUAAGUGCCAAGAGUGGUGAAGGAAUCCCAAAUUUGUUGUCACUGAUGGUUUAUUGGACCCAGAAUUCCAUGACUGAGAAACUUACUUACAGCAAUGAAGUGCAGUGUAGAGUGUUGGAGGUCAAACAUGUAGAAGGCAUUGGGACGACAAUUGAUAUCAUAUUGGUUAAUGGGGUGCUUCAGCGUGGAGAUCAGAUAGUUGUUUGUGGAAAUCAUGGUACUCCUAUUGUAGCUAGGAUUCAAUCUUUAUUGACCCCAGAGCCGAUGAAAGAGCUUCGCGUGAAAGGAAAGUAUCAGCAUCAUAGUGAAAUCAAAGCUGCACAGGCAAUCAAGAUCACAUCACCGCAGGGGUUUGAACAUGCUAUUGCUGGUACUUCUCUCUAUGUAGUAGGUCCUGGAAAUGACUUGGAAGAGGUCAAGGAAGCAGCGAUGGAGGACAUGGAAGACAUGAUGAAGUUGGUUUUAAUGAACAACGACAAGAGUGAUAGUAAUCAUAGUUCUGGAGGCGAAGGAGUUUGUGUACAAGCAUCAACUCUUGUCUCUUUGGAAGCAAUGCUAGAGUUUCUGAAGGCCCAAGAAGUUAAUACUCUUGUUCGUGGAGUUGGCAUAGGCCCUAUACAGAAAAAGGAUGUCAGGAAGGCCAGUGUGAUGCUCGAAAAGAAGAUUUUGGCAUUUGAUGUCAAAGUGACAUCGGAGGCACAAAAACUUGCAGAUGAAUUGGGGGUGAAGAUUUUUGUUGGUGAUAUAAUUCAUGAGGUGAUUAAGGCCUAUAUGGAAAACCUCAAGGAGGAAAAGGAGAUGGAGUUAGCUGCUGUUGGUGAGGAAGCAGUCUUUCCAUGUGUGCUCAAGAUUUUACCAGACCAUAUUUUCAGAAAGAAGGAUCCAAUUAUUGUGGGGGUUAAAGUUCUUCAAGGCAUUGUCAAGGUUGGGACUCCACUUUGUGUUCCUCAGAGUGACUUUGUGUUUAUUGGACGCAUUGAGUCUAUUAAGAUUAAUGAGAGACGUGUUGAUUCGGCUAACAAGGAGGAGGAGGUUUGCAUUAAGAUAGUUGGAACGAAUUAUCAGCAGCAGGUGAUGUUUGGUAGGCACUUAAAUAUUGAAGAUGAACUUGUAAGCCAAAUCUCAAGGAGGUCGAUUGAUGUGCUAAAAUCAGGCUACCGGAAUGUCCUGUUGCAGGAGUUGGAGCUGGUUUCGACAUUGAAGACUAUAUUCAAGAUACUGUGAUCAGCUAGUUCAGUUGGAUGUGUUUUUAUGUCGU